AUAGCAUGUCAUCUGUACCUUCAAUGAAUUUGUUCAGUGGACCUGAAAUCUAUAAUACUAGAUCUCAUUAUCGUCCUUAUCAAUCAAAUUACUUAUCAUAACCACCAAAAUCAUUAUAUCCAGAAAACUAUUACUCUAUGCCAUCUUAUCAUGACUAUUUAGCAUAACAAAGGAGACCUGAUUAUAAUUAUAAUUAAUCCUAUCCUGAAUAUAUUGAUAAAGAACAUUAUAUACCUAUAAAACAAGAAAGUCCUUUUUAAACACUUUAUAAGUAUGAAAAAACUAAUCCUACUCCUAAAGAUGCUUUUAUUACUCCUUAUAGACCAAAAGAACCAACUGAUGAAGAAAUAUAAGAACAUGUACCUGUUAUUGAUUUAGUGAUUGAACAAUAGAGGUUUUAUACACAUUUUUCAGAUCAUGGUCUACCCAAAGGAUAUGCUGAAAAAGAUUAUUAAAGAGAAUUAGAAGAUAAAUAUAAUAGAGAUUUAACUUAAUAAAUUCACAAUGGCUAUAAAUUAGAAGAAACUAGAACUAAAAAAGAAAUUGAUUAAUUCUAUCGAAAUAUAAAAGUAGUAGUUGAUGAAAGAGGAAGAGUUCAAAUCAAUAAUAUUAAAUAACCAUAAUAAAUUCCAAAACCUCUUUCCACUAUCUAUAAAACGACAGAAGACACUACUAAAGUGGCUAGCAAUUUAUAAGCCUUUGAUAAUAAUAUUUAUUAAUAACCUAACAAAUAAUAAGAAUAAUAUGGCAAUCAAUUUUAAGGCUCAUUUAAUCCUUAUUCAUAAAAUCCAUAAUAGUAAUAAUAAUAAUAAUAAUAAUAAUAAUAACAACUCCAUACAGAAGAUAAAGCUCCCUCUGAAAAGAAUUCUGUCGUAAUACCCAUACCUGGUGAUUCAAAUUUAUAAUAAUCAUAACUUGAAUAAUCUAAAGUAAUUACUAGUAAUGAUUGA